CAGCAGCAUGAGGAGGCGGUACAGGGGCCCAUGGCAGAUUAGGGGCCUGGCAGCAGCUAUGGGAGGGCCCGUAAUCUGCCAGCACCCUAUGUCAAAAAAUUGAACACACCAGCAGUGUGUGAGGAGACCUGAAAGUGGCACAUGGCAGAGUGUGGCGAUGGAGACAGCAGCAAUGGGGAGGCCGUACAGGGACCCAUGAGAGACUCUGGACCUGGCAGCAGCAUGGCAGAGUGUGGCGAUGGAGACAGCAGCAAUGGGAGGCCGUACAGGGACCCAUGAGAGACUCUGGACCUGGCAGCAGCAUGA